ACAAGAGGAGAAGUAAGUAAAAUUAGGCGGGUAUGGGUUCCCCGCACUGGAAAUAUCGAUUUUUCGAUCGCUCUGAUUAACUAAUCUUCAAUUAGGGUUACAAGGAAAUCCAGAAUUCCCUUUUCCUCGUUUGAUUCAAUGGAAACAAUAAGAUCUCCAAUUUUGAAUGAUGAAGAUCGAUUAACUAAACUCCCAGAAUCCCUUAUUCAUCACAUACUUUCAUUUCUGGACAUGAAAUAUGUGAUUCAUACCAGCCUUUUAUCAAGAACAUGGAGAUAUAUCUGGAAAUCAGUGCCUACCCUUAACUUCGACUCAGAUAUAUACGACGAAUCAGGUGAUGAAUUCAAUUCAUUUAUUCAUUUUAUAGACAGGGUAUUCGUUUUUCGUGAUAGAACCAAUGUAAUGAAGUUUAAUCUUGUUUGUGCUGAUGAAAUUGAAGGCGAUUUAGAAAAUUGUCUUUUAACAUGGACUCUUGCUCUUGUAAAUUGUAAUGUUCGAGAAUUAUCUGUUGAUAUUGCCGAUGUUUCUAUGGAAGUUAAGGUACCUACUUGCUUGUUCACAUGUAAAUCGUUGACGAAGUUGGAAUGGAGAAUGGGUGGAACGUAUUACGGAGAUAUUGAAUUACCUAGUGUCAUGUAUUUACCCAGACUUCAAUUUCUAAAGCUCGAUGGAGUUAAUUUCAAUGACGAUAAGUUGACUGAUAGGUUUUUCUCAAACUGCCCACUUCUUGAAUCGUUAACAGUUCUAGAUUCCAGCAUUAGACUUAAUAUACAUUCUGUUAAACUUAAGUAUUUGAAGUUAGAUUAUUCUCGGCCUUGUUUUCGUAAUGGGGCUAGGAUUGUGAAGUUAUAUGCACCGAACCUUGUAACCUUCAUCUGCAAAGAUUUCAUAUUGAAAGAUUAUACUUUAGAGAAUCUUUCUUCUCUACUUACUGCUGAUAUUAACAUGAGGUUGAAAGUAGACAAAUACGGUUAUGGAGAUAAGAAUGAGUAUGAAUAUGAGUAUGAUGAUGACGAAGAGAGUGAAGAUGAAGAUGAGGAUGAGGAUGAGAGUGAAGAUGAAAUUGAGGAUGAAGAGGAAGCGGAUGAGGAUGAAGAUGAAGAUGAGGAUGAAAAUCAGGAUGACCAGGAUGAAGAUGAAGUUUCUGAUGAUUAUUAUGAGGACGACUGGAGCGAAGACGAAGAUGAGGAUGGAGAUGGUGACGAAGAUGAGGUUGAAGACAUCAAAUACUUUACAGGGCUUUCAGCAGAGAAGAAAGAACCAUAUGCUAAGGGUAUGAUGAGCCUUUUAGGUGCGUUGCGCAACGUGAUAUAUCUGAAACUUUCAUCUAGUUUUCUUGAGGUUCUUUCAGAGGCCCCUGGCUUAUUAGAUAGUCAUCCUCAUAUGUCUCUUAACGUUCAACAUUUGAAGCUGAAAACGUGCCUUUCGAGAAACUGCCUUCAUUCAAUAACAUACUUACUGAGGAACUCUCCACUUGUGCAAUCUCUUUGCAUCGUAUUGAAACGGAAAGCAUUCAGUUCAGAAAGUGAUAGAGAAGAUUGGGAUGCAGAGUCAUCACCGUCAUGCGAGCUGCAAAAUCUCAAGUUAGUUGAUAUUCAAUGCAUCCAAGGACAAGAAAAUGAGCUCAAUUUUCUGAAAUUUUUAUUGAAGAAUGGCGUGGUUUUGGAGAAAGUUGUUCUUAGCAGUUCUGCUUCAAAAGAAGGAAAACUCGUGGAAUUCAAUGAGAAACUAGUGACAUUUCCAAGAGCCUCUUUAGGUGUUCAGGUCUUUCCUACAAAUCUGAGUAGGUAACUACCAUGAGGGUUAUCUGCUUUUAGUGCUCUUUAAGUCCCUAUUGUUUGUAUUUAGCAUUUUAAUUCUUUAUUGUGCGUAACAAAUUUUGAAGAUUUUUCGGGUAAUUCAGUGACUGUUGUUGGUA